AUGGGUGACACCAUGCAGGCAUUGGUCUGGUUUGGUGUGCUGCUGCUUCUCACCAUGGGCCUCCCCACAAACCCAGGACCGAAGUGUGGAAUUGGAGCAGUUGAUUUCAAAAGUACAGAGACUGUCUUGGACUCUGAGCUCUUCUCUAGGACUGUUAGCUGGAGAAAUCCCACAGUUGGUGGACAUCCAUGGCAGGUCUUCUGAAAAUUAGAUGAGCCACACUUGGGAGGAAGCUUGAUUCAAGAUGACCUGGUGGUUACAGCAGCAGCACGCUGCUCAGCUAGCCUCGACGAGGAGCAAAUUAAGAGUCUGGCUGUGGUUGCUGGGGAGUACAACCUCUUUCGGAAGGAUAAGCAAGAACAGAAUAUUCCUGUCUCAGAAAUGGUUAUCCAUCCUGAAUACAACACACUUCCUCUGACAUCUUCCUCUUCCUAUGUAGAAGACAUGAAAUCAACCACUGUCACUUUCCAAAUACAUUCAGCAUCACUUUCUCUGAACCUCAUAAUUUUUUUUUCAGGAAUUGCUAUUCAGCCAAUCUGUCUUCCCAAUAGAGAUGAUGAAUUUGAAGAUGGGAUUCUUGGCAUGACCAGUGGAUGGGGCAAGAAUUCAGAGACAUCAGAAUAUUCAAAUACCCUACAAAAAUUGGAACUUCCCAUCAUGGAUGGCACAGAGUGUAAUCUGCUCAAGGGUAUGAACCUUCCUCUCCUGGGAAGGACUGUGUUGUGUGCCGGUUUCCGAUGGGGAAAGGAUACCUGCCAGGGGAACUCUGGAAGCCCACUUGUCUGCAGAAGGGACAAUGGACUCUGGGUUCUUGCUGGGAUAACUUCCUGGGGAACUGGUUGUGCUAGAAGUUGGGCUCCUUCAAGAAAUAACUAUAUAAGGAGCUCAGCUGGCAUUUGCUCCAAGGCUUAAGAAUUGAAGGAUUUUGUCACUCAGAAUAUAAUCACAGCUGAAGUAAUUAAUCAGUUUAUUCCCUAUGUUUUGGAAGAUUGUCGACCUCAGGGAACAGUGCUGUUUGGGGAAAACAGGAAGAUCUGUUAGCCCCAUUUGAAAGAGGGCAGCUAUUCUCAUGAAUGCUUACAAAUUUGGAAAAUAAUGAUACGAGAAGAUAAAACUAUCGUACUAACAUUUACAAGCUUUGACAUAGAAAAUCAAGUUGGAUGUGACCAUGGCUGUGUAUUUUUACAAUCAAGCAACCGAGUGCUUAUUAGUAAGCAUGUUACAUUUAUUUUAUUUGUAAGGUAUGGAGAUACAUUGCCCUCACCAUUGCUGGCAGAGUCUACUGAGGCUAUAGUUACAUUUGCUUCUAACAACAGUGGCAGCAGCUUUGGGCUUCCCUUUACUGCUGCUGUGGAGAACUCAGAAGCAGGCUCAGGGUGCGGGAGUGUGGCUCUGUUGGUGAAAGAAGGGACGACUCACUCUGCCAGUUACCCAGGCUUACAUCCCAAGAAUUUAAUGUGUCAUCGGUUCAUUUACGCUCCAGAGAAGCACAUUAUAAAGUUGGCAUUUGAGGACUUUACUACUGAGUUUAACCAGAACUGUGCUUGUGACGCUGUUGUGAUUUUUGGUGAUACUGAAGCAGAGCAUGAGUUAGCUAAACUUUGUGGAACCUUCAGUCCUACUCCAGUAUUCAGUCCUGGUAGCCUGAUGGUGACUCACUUUAGAAGUGAUGGUCAAAAGAACUUCCGAGGCUUCAAGGCUAGAUUCGCCUUUUUGCCCUCAGGUCAGUAUAAAUACUCGUGCAGUGUUCUGCUUAUGAAAAUGGUUAUAGCGAAGAUAAUUUGCCCAUGUUUAUCUAAAUUUAGGGUGCUGAAAUCACCUCAGUGGCAAAAUAAAAAUGCAAAUGGCUGGGCCCACCCCCCAAAGACUUACAUUCUGGUUGAUAGGAAAGAUUCUUUAAACAAAAUUGGAUCAAUAUCACCUCCCAAAAGCAAUCCUGUAUCUUCUGCAAAAGCUAUUCUCUGUAGGGUCUGUGGCAUCCCUCCAUUCAGAUCCUGGUCGCUUCUGAGAAGAACUGCAGGAGGGGAAGAAGCGCCCUACUGCUGGCCACAGCAGGUGGGGUUGAGGUUUCUGGGCAAUCCCCAGUGUGGCAGCGCCAUCAUCAACCUGAAUGGGAUUCUGACUGCAGCCCGCUGUGUGUACCUGCCAAGUCGCCUACAGCAGAUGCAAGUGCUUGUGUUAGAGAGAGAAGAGAUCUACAAAAGCACUUACUAUUCUCCUCACCCGGGAAGGAUCAAAGAGAGGCUGAUCUGCGCUGGCCCUGCAGCUAGAGCGGGAGAGGACUGUCAGGGAGACCCUGGUGGGCCAUUAGUGUGUUGACAUGAAAACGAUCUCUUUGGCGUCUGUGAAGUCGUCAGCUGGAGAGCUGGCUACACCUGGCCAAGGAAGCUGGGUGUAUUUGCCAGGGCAAGUGUCUUCUCAGACUGGAUUCAAUUCCUCCAAAAAGUAAAGCUGCUUUGGUACAGGCUACCUGUUGUCUCUGGGCACUCAUUUUUAUUUAUUUUUUCCCUGUUCUCUCCAGAUACAAAUCUUGCUUCACUUCAGAUGGAUAAUAAAAGCAAAACCUUAAAAAGGAAACAACUGCCACCACUCAUAACUUCAACAGACAGUGCAUCUGGGCCAGGCUGUUCCUCUGAAGUGGAGCUAGAGGAGCCCAGAGGCUCUUGUUCAACUCCAAGGUAUCCACUGGAUUAUCAGGGAAAACUGGAAUGUUCUUGGGUGCUCAGAGUCUCCCCAAGCAGAAUGGCAAAAUUUACGGUAGAGUACCUGUCACUCCCUGGGUCUCAUUUGUGUCAAGACUCAGUCCUGACUAUUUAUGAAGAAGGCCACAGUGAGAGGAGGAUGUCAGGUGAAUUACGUGGAAGAAAGCUUUACCCAAUGAUUUUCAUGAGUUCCGGACCGCUGGUGAGGGUGACAUUUCAUUCCCUACAAGGCACUUUGGGCAUAAGUUAUAUUGUUUUCAGAGUCCAAGGUCCAAAAGUCAGUAAAAUAACCAGACUUCCUCAGAGUUCAAACCAGGAGCAUGUGGCCACUCGUAACAAUGUUAUUCUGACCAAACCAGUAGGAAUCAUACAGAUCCCAAGAUAUUUUCGCAGAACUACUAGGACAUGAGGAGGAUUAUGCCACUGGAGGUUGUUAACCCCUCCAAAUCACAUCAUUCGCCUAGACAUUAUCAACUUCCAGAUGAAAGCGACAGCCUUGGCCUGCUAGGGUCACCUGAGGGUUAUGAAGGACUUGGAUCAGGCAAAAAAAUUAAUAGGUAACUAG